AUGACCAUUGGUGACAAUCUUCCCAUCAGACAUCCAACGCCAGAAGAUUACAACGCAGCUAUCAAAAUGGAUUCUGAAUAUGCAAAGACUUCUCGAAAUCAAGCACCACCACUGUCACCAACGCCAGCUGCCAACUUAGUUGGUCAUCACCCAGAUGGCGCUCUUCGUGAAUUGACAAUGGAAUACACUACGCCGGGGGCAUUGACUGAGAAGAUGAUUACGCUCGCGAAUACUGAUGGAAGCUACACGGCGAUGCACUCCACGCCACCGAUGAGAGAUGGCAUUUCGAUGAGCGAGGAUGACCACUGCAACUUUGAACACCAAGGCAGCAGGUCUGCUAGAAACGCGAGACCAGUGUUUGAACCGUAUGAGCUCGAAGCCGUGCCAUCAAGAAUUGCUAGCGAGGGCAUCAAGGCCUUCUCUGAUGAAUUUUUGGGCAAAUCACACGAUCGAGGCAAGGAGCGCGAUGGCCGGAUAUCCAGACAUUCGACAGCCCGUCCCAGACCGGGCAAAGGUGUGGGAACUGCUCCAGCAACAGCAAUUCGCCAUCCGAAAGCCUCGGAGGCGACCAGCGAGAAGCGACACAGACCCGACAAAGGAUCUAACAGCGAUCCUUUUCUGGGCACCGGAAGAUCCAUGAAUAACUUUCUUAGCCUCACCAGCACCACGACAUCGACGUCGACCACUGGCCCGCUCAGCGAAAGCCCCUUGCUCCUACGCAGCAGCCAGCUCGGUGGCACGCCAGGACUCUUGAACCUACAUGACGCCUACGAAGAGGUUGUCUCGCUCCUGAACACACUGAAGACCAUGCAGAGAAAGCAAACGAAAAACGAGGUGGAUGUUGCUUUGAGGAAGUGCCAAGAAGACUUGAAGGGGCGAUCCAAGGACAAGACGAUCGGGACAGCGGAAGCGAACAUACUGGACCGCGAAGCGGCGAGAAUUGGUCGUGCCAGAGACGAGGCGAGCAAGCAGACCCCGAAAUCUGACAUGGCGUCCAGCCCAGGGGAGGAUGCAGUCUUUGAAGCGAGUCUACGCCUGGCAUUGACAAAGCUCAUCAGAGACGCUCGUGCCGCACUGGAGGCCGUGGCUCAGGAGAAGAGUAACACUGCAUCCGCUUCACGGUCGACGCCUCGAUACCAUGCGUUCCCUGGUGCUGAAAAUUAUCGGCUGAAAGCAAUUAAUCUCGAGAAACGGACGUUGGAAGAUCAAAUGGAACGCCUGAGUGCAGAACAGGAGCAGGCAAGCAAGGAGAACUCAGAUCUGAAUAGCAUCUUGGAACAGCUCAAAGGAGAGGUGUGUGAGAUGCGCAGCAGCAUGGCAGGAGAGCCAGUCCAGUUGAGUUCCGAGAUAUGGGAGACGUUCAAUAGUGGGUUGUGGCGGGCAAAGGAUCACAGCACGACCAUUCGAGAUUGGCCGAAGAAACGCCAGCGCAUAUCACCGCCGACAACCACUACUUCAUUCACGUCGCUCCUUUCCUCAGCCCACUUUUCUUCCAAAGGCAACUAUUCGAUCCCCGAACCGCCCUCCCAAUCGAUCAACAAUCCCUUCCAAAAAGCAUCAUUCAUCGCGAACAAGAUGACGCGCGCCCAGCAGACCAUCUCCAUCGCCCUGCUCGUGAGCUCGGUCUACCUGGCGCUCUACCUCAACCUGAUCCCCCUCCCCGCCGUCGUCCAGACCGAGAUCGUGCCCAUCCUGCCCUUCUGGGCCCUCGUCUCCCUCGGCGCCUACCUGCUCGUCCGCCUCGGCUGGGGCGUCCUGACCUUCAACGACACCCCCGAGGCGCACGAGGAGCUGAUGAGCGAGAUCGAGGUGGCCAAGGUGGAGCUGCGGAAGCUGGGCGUCACUGUGGACUAA